AAUUCCUUCCUCGCUCCGCUUGCUGCAUAUGGCUGGCUAUGCUCCGCUGCAAGAUGGGCAGCUAGCUGCAAAUUUGCGGCUCUUGAACUCCGUGAAGGAGAAUGCGGCUGUCGACAGCGCUGGUGCUUUGCAGGAUGGGGCAGAGAUUGACUUUGCUGCUUUGGAGGAGCCGCUGAAUUUGCAGACGCCCUUGCGCUGUGCUUGCGCCAAGGCCAAUGCAAAGAUGACACGUUUCCUGCUGCUGAAUGGCGCUGAUGUUUUCGCACACUUCCAGAUCGAUGGUUGGACGGCACUGCACAGUGCUUGUCAUGGGGGCCAUGACCACAUUGCGAGAUUGCUGCUUGAUGAGGCAAAUGCUUUCCAUGAGAAGACCUUCCAAGGGGGUUGGAGCCUGCUGCAUCUCAUCGUGCUGGCAGCAACGAAGCGCUUGCAGAACAGAGGAGCAGACCUGGUGAAAUGGUCCUUAAAGCGUAUGCCCAGCGUGCAGGUGGAUGCCCGGUCAUCUCGUCCUGGCUACGAGGAGUGGACACCGCUUCACUUGGCAGCCGCACGAGGCUACACAGAGAUCCUUCAGGUGCUUUUGACCGCCAAGGCAAAUCCAAACGCCGUGACCGGAGACUUCUACGUGAGCUCCAUUCAAUUGAAUAGGCUUGCGUCAGGAGACGAGGAAGCUGUCGUAUGCGUCCAGAGCGUUGGAACUGCCAGCGAAGACCAGCUGGAUCGAGGUCUUCGGCCCAUACAUCUAGCAGCUUUUGGUGGUCACCAACGAAGCUGCCAUGUGCUCAUCCGGUGCACACCCAAAUGCACCAACAGUAUGACGAAAAGUCAUUGCUGGACUCCAUUGAUGUAUGGCGUUUGGAGCAACGACGUGGCUUUGGUGCGGGAGCUUUGCCGCUUGGGGGGCCGGCGAGUGGUCAAUGACUUGGAUCGGCGGAGUAGCGGCACUCAGUGGUGUCCACUGGCCUUGGCCGUGGUGCGCAGCAGUACUGAGAUGGUGAAAGCGCUUUUGGAGUAUGGCGCUGACCCUCUAGUCCGGCUUUAUUCAGCAGACUUUCCUGGUAUGGCUUUCGUCAAACAUUGCUCUUUAGCCUUACCAGAUGCUGCUGCCAACGCAUGGACUGGCAGGGACCUGCGAAUUUCCUUGCUACACCUUGCAGUCUGUCGGGGAUCCAGUGCAAUGCUACAGACUCUGCUGCCCAUCUUGAAGUCUGCGCAUCAGCGACCUGUCUACACUGGCAAGCAACCUCCCUUGAAUGGAAUGCCCUGGCAGGAUGUUUGUGGACAGGUGGGAUCCCAAAAAUCUUCCAUCCAGGAUCGAGCCAGGGAGCGACUGAUUACAAGUCCUGCAUCUGAAGCUCAAAACUGUGAUCCAGCGACUUUUUGCACUUCACAGGGAUGGUCCCCAGCUAUAUUGGCCCUCUUCCUUCACACAGUGGAUCCCCGCAGGGCGGUGCGCUGUUUCCCCCUGACCCAGACCUUCCCGGAUCCCCCACUGCUUCCUCGAGAAGAAGUGUUCAUGCAGCUUUUGGCUUGGGGUGCGUUGGACGAGGAGAUGACCACAGUGCCACAGCGCUUUCCCGAUGUGGCAGAGUCGCUAGUGAUGAUGACACUCAAUGAGUUUGUGAGACUUUGCAAGUUGGCUGAUAGAGGGAGUGUGACAGAGCGACUGCUACAUUCAACUUUGUGCAUGGCGUGCCACUUCAAUCGAAUCAAUGUUGCACGCCAUUUGCUGGAAGUGCACCAGUGUGACCCGCGCUGUAGCUUUAUGGGCUUCAUUGAACGGAGACCGCUGCACAUCGCCGCAAGCUGUGGACAUGGCGAGGUGGCACAGCUCCUGCUGGACUUUAAAGCUGAUCCAGCAGAGGAGUGGGGGGCCAGGCGAGUUCCCGAUCCCGCUAGAUCCCCUCAAAAUCAUCCAAACGUCGACUAUCGCUGAUUAUAACUGGCCAGUUGGAAUCACCCUUGCUAGGACGAUGAAAAUCAAGAGCGUCCUGUCCAAAAGCUUGCACGAGCUUUGGAAGGCAAAACAAUGGCCUUACAGACGCGCGUGGCGCAGUUGGAGGCACUUCUUUCGGGUGGUACUUCCGCUCCGAGUUCGCCAAGCAAGACUCCAUCAAGGUCAGGAAAGCGGAGUGGUGGUGGUCCUGUCGUUGUUGCCCGCUUUGACUCCCUGCUACACGACUCGCGCAUGUGAUCUCACUGAUAUUGAACAACUGAAGGGUACUGAACUGCCAAAGAACAAUCGCUUUUACUGCUGUAUCAUAUCAAUCCAAUAAUGAGGAAAUGAACCACAUGCUGCACUAAAGUUGUGCAUCAUGUUCGAAUUAUCGGCAUUGGUCUUGGAAUGACUUGGAUCUUGAUGGUC